UCGCCCCCGUCGCGGUUCAUUAAUAUUAAUGAAAUCCCGCCCAAUCAGGUGGUGAAGCGGCGGCGGCGCUUUGGUGACGCGAAGCCCCUCCUUGCAGCGGGGUUCAUCUGCAUAUUCAUAAGAUAGGCGGGAUGAGGCGCGGGCGUUUAUAAGGCGCCGCCCCGCCAGGCUCGCCGUACAUUUCGCUGAAGCUUUGAAGUGUUGUGGGAACCUCGCGCCGCCCGGGUAUCGGUCAGAAUGGCAUCAGAUGAGGGAAAGCUCUUUGUCGGCGGGCUGAGUUUCGACACCAAUGAGCAGUCAUUGGAGCAAGUCUUCUCUAAAUACGGACAGAUUUCUGAAGUCGUGGUGGUGAAAGACAGAGAGACUCAGAGAUCCAGAGGUUUUGGAUUUGUUACAUUUGAAAAUAUCGAUGAUGCAAAAGAUGCAAUGAUGGCCAUGAAUGGAAAGUCUGUAGAUGGGCGUCAGAUCCGAGUCGACCAGGCUGGAAAAUCAUCUGAGAACAGAUCCCGUGGCUACAGAGGGGGGUCCUCGGGGGGCCGGGGCUUCUUCCGCGGGGGCCGAGGCCGGGGCCGUGGCUUCUCCAGAGGAGGUGGAGACAGAGGCUAUGGCGGCAGCAGAUUCGACUCCAGAAGUGGAGGCUAUAACGGCUCCAGAGACUACUAUAACAGCAGGAGUCAAGGUGGCUAUGGAGACAGGAACUCAGGAGGGUCCUACAGAGACAGCUACGACAGUUACGCUACACACAACGAGUAAAAAUCCUUCCUGACUCAAGAUCGUCCUUCCAAUGGCUGUAUUUAUAAAGAUUUUUGGAGCUUCGCUGAAAUGGUUAUUGUGUAGUACAUCUACUUGUAUUUUCACUUUUGUAGUAUUAUCAGUUCUGAUCUUGUCAUACACAGCCUGGCAGCUUCUGAAACGAGACUGUCUGAUUAGACUGUCUCAGAGAAAGCUCUGCUUUCAAGUGGUUUUAAUCUUCUUUGAAAGCACUUCAGAUUUUAUUUUAUUCUCCAUGAAUGAGCCAAGGUGUUCGUUUUUGGUUGUUUUUUUUUUUUUCUAAGUUGGGGCCCCAAUUCAGUUUCUUUUGAGCUAGCAAGGAUCUUGUACCAAUGUUCACUGGAAGCUGAACAAGCUGUGGACUUUUUAUUCUCUUUUUUUUUUUUUUUUUUUUUUUUUUUUUUUUUUUUUUUUUUUUUUUUUUUUUUUUUUUUUAAGUGCAUUACCCUUGUCUUUUGUAACAUUCCUUUAGUGUAGCAAGGUAGGAAUGCAGCUUGGGUUCCGUUGGAAGGCAAACCACCUUGAUAUAUCUAAAGAGAAACGUGCUUGUAUGUUCCACUCGCAUAACGGUAUUUUUACUGUUGUAAUGAUGUAAAUGACCCAGAACUAGACUUGCAAACUUACCAUAAAGAGGUUCUUGAAAAUGUUUAUUUAUAUUGUCCUUUUUUACUGGAAGAAAUAUGCAUAUUCCAUUGCUGUUGUAUUUGAAGUGGUAAAGGAUUCCUGUAUACAGUUUUCUUUGGCUUUACGAAGCCUAUUAAAGGACCGUCUGAAAUGAACUCUGCUCCUGACAUUUACAUUUCAUUGCACAACACAACCCUUGGAGAUGAAGAACAGUCACGGGAGCGAGAGGAGGAGAUUAGGGACAGUGGCAGAGCUGGCCGGACGAUUGCCCGGGCGCUGGAAUUUAAAUCCUAAAAUCGGUCUUGACAUCUGAAUUGGCCAAGAAAUUUCACAUAAAGUAGUCAAAACUUGUCUGUAGAGGCUGGAAGUACAAACCUGAGGGUGUGCUAGGAGCGAAGUGAAGUUGGAAUGUUAGGAAGGAUAAUGGAUGUUUGCUCCAAAGCUGCUGUAGCCUACACUGGGAAGCUGUAGAGAAGAGCCAAGUGCUGUAGUCCCUGGGCUGUUCCCUGCGUGCCGAGCGCGUGUGUGAUGUAGGGGAAUGCCGGGCUUAGCUUAGCUGUGUCAUUGCUUACAAGUUCUAAGAAUUCUUUGCUAGCAAAUGGAAACUGCAGUGUCCUUGGAGAAAAGAAGUGUUGUGCCUCCAACAGAAACCUCUGAGACGAGAGCUGCUCUCUUGGCUAGUUCAUAUGUGGAAAUAGUCCUGUAAUUCGAGGUAACUCCUUUUGCUCAUGUCCGCAUCCUUCCUCUUGUUGAGAGCUCAUUUGAAAGUCUAAUGUACCUGUGAAAUAUUCCUUUUGACAAUUUUGGUCAGCUACUGGAAAAACGUUUAACCCAUGCCGUAUGCAACCUUUGGCUUGUGGCACACCUUGAGUUCCACAGAUCAGAGUUGGGCAUGCAGCCGUGUCUUGCUGUAGGUACGGAAGCAAGAUUGGAACGAACUCCCUGACUCGAUAUGUGUUCAUCUAUUGAGACUCUUCUAGACUUCAUUAAGUUGCUCACUUUAAUUGUAGCUUUCUUUGCCAUCCUACUUGUUGCCAUUAACUUUUUCCCAUGGCCCACACUUCCUAAGCAGCCAUGUCCAAGUGUUAACUCUCUGCUUAGGGGAUCCAAUCCAUGGGCUGGCUGAGCACGGGCAGCAGCCGGCCCGGAACAGUUUUCCCAGACUGUGCUUUGUGGUGUGAUGGGUUCAGCGAUGGCUUGUGAGACCCUCGUGCGCUGUGAGCUGUGUGGGGAGGUUGGGGGCGAGAGCAGCCUCUGCCCUGGGCCUUUGUUAAUGCCUCUCUGCUUUAGCAGGCUGAAGGGACCCGGCACACACCUCGGAGGCCCAGCGGAUCCUGAGCGACCAGAGCUGCGUUCCAGGGAUGCUGCAGCAAGUUUGCCAGCCAGCACUGAGACAUGUCAGAGAAGGCAGAAGGACAGACACUGGAGUGGAGACAUGAAGAGCACAGAGCAGUGGUGUUGAUCAUUUUUACAUGAACCAAAUCAAUCAAGACAGAAUAAAACACUGAAAUGUGGAAAAAACCAAA